AUGCCAGCUCAUCUUGACACCGAGAGGUACGUUGCUAGAUUUGCGGCUGAGAUCUCGUCCUUCACAUACACUGUCAUACGUCAAGGUCUCUAUACGGAAUCAUACAGUUUAUACCUUGCCUUCCUCGACCUGAAAACCCCUCCCAAUGAGUUGAUAAUUCCAUAUGAUGGAAAGGGUCCUGAGAUAUCGUGGGUAAAGCGUGAUGAGGUUGGUAAAACCACUGCUCACCUACUCCCGGACUACGCUCAGAAUUCUACAACAUUCCCGUGUUUCAACGAUGCGCUCUUCUUGUCUGGCCCGCGAGAAAUUUCGAUCGGGAAAAGCGUAGACUUCAUCAAUAGUAUUCUCGAAGAGGAGAUUAAGAUACUAUAA